AGUCCAUUCGCUACUCGCCGAUAGUGCAGCAGCUCUGGAGGAGGGGUGGGCGGUACUUCCUGUCGCUGGGCUGAAUAAGCCGCAGCUUCCUGAGUAACGUGGAGCGGAGAUGUGGUGCGGAUACCGUUUCAUGAUAGAAUAAGAACAAAAUAUCGGAAAACUCUUCAAAGGACCUCCAGACAUCAGGAAGAGGAAUGGCUGCAGAGUUUGAUUUGACUCCUCCAGAAGUACAAGAACCCACCUUCUUUGACAAUGUCCUGCGUUAUGGCUUGUUUCUUGCAGCAAUUUUCCAAAUCGUCUGCAUAUUAUCAAUCUUGCUGCCUUCUAAAUCACCAGAGCCGGAGUGGGAACAAUCUGAGUUGAAGCCUUCAGAUAUCACUAAAAAGCAGAAGCCUACGACACCGUCAACAGGAAAGAAGGCCAAGAAAGAAAGCAAGAAAAAGAGAUAAAUGACUGGACGUCUACCAGAAGAAGAAUAGCAGCAAUGUUUCUGUGGUGGUUCUCGUUUUGUAAUCAUUGUUCCCGAAAAUGUUUUUUUAUUAUUCACUGCUAUUUAUACAUUUGAUUUAUACAGCUGUUUUUCACGUGUUUGAAGUCAAAUUGUAAUCACCAUAUGCUAUCUAUCUUAAUGCCGCAAUAUUUCAAAAUGAUCCUAACUUGUGACCAACUUUGUUAUGUUAGUCACUUUAACAGUUAUACAUGAACCAUUGAAUGCUGAUACAUAUACUUCUAUGAUGUAGUUGACUGUGGUCUCAGGGGAACAGUUUAUGUCCAACAUUGCCCCAUUCUCGCAUGCCACAGAGGAACUACUCUUUGUUUUAAAUGAUCCCUGAAUUGUAACUCUGCUUAAAUUUUAACAAUGGACAAUUAUAGUGAGCAGGGAUAAAUCAUCCAUCAAGUCACUGGGCGAUGACACAUUUGAUAAGACUUAACAUUUUUAUUCAAGUGCUACUAAAGCUUCAGGACGUAAAAAUCCACCAGAGCUCUCUUGGUUUUCUGCACGUUUAGUAGACUUAAGUAAACAUGUGACAUUUCUAGAAAAGAACAGAGGAUAGAAACUUUUAUCCGGAUGCUCUGCUUGGUUGAAUGGAACUUGCACAUUGGCAAUGAAGGUCAUACGUGAUAAGAGCAGAAUUAGGCCAGUCGGCUCAUCAAGUCUACCCUAUCAUUCAAUCAUGGCUGAUCUAUAUCCCCUUCCUAACUCCAUUCUCCUGCUUUUUCCCCAUAACCCCUGACACCCAUACUAAUCAAGAAUCUAUCUAUUUCUGCCUUAAAAAUAUCCAUUGACAGUCUCCACGGACUUCUGUGGCAAAGAAUUCCACAGAUUCACCACCCUCUGACUAAAUAAAUUCCUCCUCAUCUCUUUCCUAAAGGAAAGUCCUUUAAUUCUGAGGCUAUGACCUCUGGUCCUAGAAUCUCCCACUCAUGGAAACAUCCUCCCCACAUCUAUUCUAUGCAAGCCAUAUGUUAGCAACAAAUUAAUUUCAAAAUGUGCAUAGAAAAGCCCAAUGACCUUACAUGUUUGGAACGUGAAGGAGCAUGUUGGCCGUGUGCUUUCUGUUUUGGUCUAUAAAGCAAUAAACAAUUUUGACAUUUAUUUCUUACCCUUUAAAAUUCCUCCUAUCCAUGGUUUUCAUGGUUGUUGUGUCUUUUGUUCCAUUUAAUUUUUGUUGACAUUUAAUUUCGCAUUUCCCAUAUAUGUUGCAGCAAAUGUGAAAUAUACAAUUAGUACAAACACAUGAUGGAACUUUUCAGAUGCUGUACAUCAAAAAGUGAUUGGAAAGCUUUCCUCUGCUCUUCUGAAACAAAUAUUAAAAUGGAGAAUUUCUCAUCAUUAAUUUUUA